UCUGGUCACGUGGUCGGGGUCACCGUCAGCUUCAUUCGCAAGGACUAAACAUGGCGGCGACAGCAGCAGCAGCAGGCAAGAAGGUGUUUGAAGUAUUUGUGUCAAAAGUACCAUGGACCAUCGCAACGAAGGAAGUUAAAGAAUACUUCGGGCAGUUUGGCCAGGUGAAGAAGUGUCUACUGCCAUUUGAUAAAGAGACAGGUUUUCAUCGGGGGUUUUGCUGGAUAGGGUUUACUACUGAGGAAGGACUGCAGAAUGCAUUACAAAAGGAUCCACACAUCAUUGAAGGAGCAAAGCUCCAGGUGCAGAAAAACCGAAAGCCGUUUUCUGGAAGAAAAACAAACAAAGAAGCAGAAGACAUCUGAAGAGGACAUCAGAAAUGAUCUGAUUUCAAGCAUCAAGUGUCUUCAGUAACACAGAAUUGUAUUUAUUGUGGAUGUCUGGUCACUGGGCGCACUUGUUUUUCAGAAGCCUAAUGAGUGUUGAUUGUUGUAUUGUCUAGUGUUUUUUUCUUUCUUAUAAAAUGUUUAAUGAAAUGAAUCAAAUAAUUAAAAAAAAGAUUGGAAAGUAA